AUGGGGGAGCUUCAGCUGCCACCCGAGCUCCUCUCUCGCCUCCAAGCAGAGGAAGUUACCGAGCCCCAGGAACUCACAGGCGUCUCAGAGCAGGAAUUGUCUGCCUUGACCGAUGGCCUCAAGAUCGGGCCUAAGGGCCGUUUCAUGAAAGCGGUGCAAAGGAUGAAGGCGAUGGAAGCAGCAGAGCUGCGGAGUACCGCCUCCUUGGACUGA